UAAAAAAGCAAUAAAAAAAACAAGAAGAAGAAAAUUAAAUAAAAUAAUAUUAAUAAAGAAAUGCAUUGAAUAUUAAGCCUAUUCUAUUGUAUUAUUUUAUGAGAAUAUAUUAAAAUGUAUGAAAACAAUCAGCUGAUCAUAUACAGAUGGCGUUUCAAAUGACGCACAAGUUGUGAAUAUUGUUCAAAAUGGUUGGUGAUCCAUGUGAUUAAAAUGAUUUUAUAAUUAUUCAAGAAUUGAUACAAACAAGAUGACUGCAAUUGUACAAGAAGACAAUGAAUUAAAAAAGUUACUUGGUAACCCUGCAAAAAAUACUGGGGAGGAUGGUUUGAUGGGUCCACCGCAAUCGACUAAUGUUCCACGACCGAGCACAUCGCAAAAUGUUAAUCCACAAUCAUUGAUAAGUCCGAUGACCCCAGCUAAUAGUACAAAAGAAGUGAUAGAACCUUGUUUACAAAAUGUAGUUUCUACAGUUAACUUAGGCAUAGAGUUACCAUUAAUGUAUAUUAAUACAAGAACAAGAAAUUCUGAAUAUAAUCCAGCAAGAUUUAUGGGUCUGAUUAUGAGGAUUAGAAAUCCUAGAGCUACUGCAUUAAUUUUUCAUUCUGGAAAAAUAGUAUGUACUGGUGCAAGAAGUGAAGAAGACUCUUAUUUAGCAACAAGAAAGUUUGCAAGAAUAAUUCAGAAGUUAGGUUUUGCAGCUAAAUUUUAUAAUUUUAAAAUACAAAAUAUAGUUGCUACAUGUGAUCUAAAAUUUCCAAUUAAAUUAGAAAAUUUAAAUCAUAUACAUGGACAAUUUUCUAGUUAUGAACCUGAACUUUAUCCAGGUCUUAUAUAUAGAAUGGUAUCACCAAGAGUAGUAUUGCUUAUAUUUGUAAAUGGAAAAGUUGUAUUAACAGGAGCAAAAAAUAGAACUGAAUUGCAAGAUGCACUUAAUAAUAUAUAUCCAAUAUUGAAAAGUUUCAGAAAGCAAUAAUAAAUUUUUUCAUAUUUUGAGUUUUUGUAAGAUAAAUAAUUUAUAUAAAAGCAACUAAAAUUGAUCAUGUUAUC